AUUUUGUAGGAAGUGGGGUCUGUAGCUAAUAGUGAGCAUAUGAGCAAUUCAUAUUGCCGAAUUCGGAUAACUCGGCCUUAAUAUGUCAUUCUUCCUCCGAUAUAGUCGCAAUUUCUCAACUCUGGCCGACAUGUUACAUUUUACCGUAGACACUGGACUGCUAUUGAUCCAUUUUCGCAAGCUUUGCAGCAAAGAAAAUGCCAGCAGUCAGGAUAGCUGAGCCAAAACGGCCUGUACGAGUUGCAAAUUGCUCCGGGGCAGCAUGUGAUCCAGGAGUGCACAUGUACAAUCAAGCCAAGUAUGGUGAUGUAGACGUAAUCACUGGUGACUACCUGGCAGAGGUAAAUCUAGCAAAUGAUGCUGAAGCCAUGCGGACGUCUGACCAUCCUGGCUGGAUACCAACAGCGUGGGAUGGUCUGCAACAAACUCUCGAAAUCGCCAAUGAGAAGAGAAUCAAAAUUAUAAUCAAUGGGGGAAGUCUCAAUCCAAAAGGCUUGGCGGAGAAGACAUAUGCCUUGGUCAAAGAAAAGGGAUUGGAUUUAACUGUCGCGUACGUUGAAGGAGACAAUCUUUUGCACAGGAAAGAUGAGCUGGUGGGAAGAAUUAAAAAGGGUGAAUUUUCUCAUCUUGACAAGGCAAAUGCACAUGUCAACCUAGCAGAUAAAUCAGCCGAUUUUCUGGAUAAUCCAGAAACAAUGCCUGUUAUAUGCGUAAAUGCCUAUUUGGGAUACAGAGCGAUCAAACGCGGCCUGGAUGAGGGCGCUGACAUUGUCAUCUGCGGUCGUGUUGCCGAUGCCUCCCCCGUCAUCGGUGCAGCAGCAUGGUGGCAUCAGUGGGACGAGGACGACUAUGAUGCACUAGCCCAUGCUCUAGUUUGUGGGCAUUUGAUUGAAUGCAGUACAUACAUCACCGGUGCUAAUUUUGCUGGCUCCUACAAAUAUCGAGUUGAAGAGCUUAUGAAUCUUGGCCUGCCUAUCAUCGAGAUAGAUGUGAACGGUGAGGGUGUCGUCACAAAGCACGACGCUCUAAAUGGAAUUGUUACUACGGACACAGUGAAAUGCCAAUUCUUGUAUGAGCUUCAAGGAAAUACUUAUUUGAAUAGCGAUGUUAAAGCCGACAUCACAAACUUUAAGGUGGUAGCAGAGGGCAAAAACCGCGUGCGCAUCACCGGAAUUAAAGGCUAUCCGCCUCCACCCACAACGAAGUUGGCGACUUUUUACUUAGGAGGAUAUCAGGCAGAGCUCACCAUUAACGCUUCUGGAUACGCAACAAGUUGGAAAUGGGACUACGCUGAAAUGCAAAUGAGAAAGAAACUUGAGGAGUGGGGAGUCAAGCUUGAUGUACUCGACUUUCAACGGGUUGGUGUGCCAAAAGAGAAUCCUGAUAGUCAGCUCGCCUCAACCACAUAUCUUCGCAUCUUCGGUCAAGGUAAAACCGCUCAGGAUGUCUCAAGCAUCAUCAAAGCAUGGGCUUUCAACGGUAUGGCGCAUUUUGCUGGCAUGCAUGGGUCCUUGGAUAUGAGGACGGCGAUCCCCAAGCAGUUUAUCGGAUUCUAUCCCGCCACUAUCCCACAAACCGAGCUUGACGAGGCAGUCUGCAUUAUCACUGCCGAAGGUAAGGCAAGCCGCUUCGUUGUUGGGCCUCCAAAGCAAACAGCAGGAUUAGAAGCUCGCGCAAACUACGAGACGAACAGCCCGGUAAAUCUGAAUAGUUUUGGUCCAACAGAAAUGCGACCACUGGGCGACAUUGCGCUAGGAAGAUCGGGUGACAAAGGUGGAAAUGUCAACAUCGGCUUAUACGUCCAGAAGCCGGAGCAAUGGGACUGGUUCCGAUCUCUGAUGACAAGAGACAAGCUGCGGGAGUUAAUGGGUAAAGAUUGGAAAGACUGGUACUUCAUCGAGCGUGUCGAAUUCCCAGACAUUUUAGCUGUUCACUUCGUCGUGUACGGUGCCCUUCAGAAGGGCGUCACCAGCACUGCCUUACUGGACGGACUAGGCAAGGGCUUUGCAGAGUACAUUAGAGCUGUGCACAUACCCGUGCCGACCAAGUUUUUGAGUUGAAAAAGCUUCAACUUGAGAUUUCCUAAGAAAGGCUAAUGGAAACUUGAAUUUUCAAUUCAUACAAUGUGAGGGAAGGAAAAACUAAUUUCAAUUAAACGUGUCUCGGAAUUGCGUUUGAGUAUGAAAGUGGGCUACCACGGAAGUUUAUUAUCUAUGCAGGGGCAACAGGCCGCAUGCAGGUUCUUUACCUUAUCCAUAUCUAUACUGCUCUUUAUCGUGUCGAGUUGUAUGAAUUGCUAGCUCCACAGUACCAAGCUCUCAAGUUCAUCGAUUUGAUGGAUUGAAUUCUACCCGGUUUUAG